AUCUGAAAGAAUUUCUCCAAGAUUUAGCAUUCGAUCGCAAGGCCUCAAAUUCUAACCAAUUUUUAAGCAAUAGUUUUUCGCAAGAUGUUCUCUUCUUCCUUUCUUCGUUCCGGUGCUCGAGUUGCGUCUCGUGCUGGCCGACGCUUUGAGUCGACCGCUGCUAAGGCAGCUGAACCCGCUGCCGCGCCGAAAGAAGCAGCUUCGGGGGGUGGUUUUGCUAUGCCUUUGGCUUUGAUGUCUCUCGGAGGUGCCGCUUACGUUUACUUGGACAGCCAAUCUAAGAUGGAUGCUAUGGCAGCCAAAGUGGAUUCGCUUCAGGUGGAACUUUCUGGAAAGACUAACUCCGCCUUCGUCUUCAUCAAACCCCACGCAUGCAAGGGUAAACCCGGAAGCGUCGAAUCUGUUGUUGAAGGAAAGUUCAAGGAUAGCGGCAUUCGUGUGACCGACAAGGGAGAGUACACCGCCGAGGAGAUCGACAAGAACAUGUUUAUUGACAACCACUAUGGCGCAAUUGCCAGCAAAGCAGGUGAGAAUUUUGUAGCGCUGUACUCUUGAGGAUUCGCCCCGGGCUUUUAGUCCACUGUGAGCUGCGACUAGUCGAACCAUGUUCCGGUGUGCUCUCGGUGUUUUUUUAUCAGUGUUGAUGUACCCAAGGCGGUCGCAGAUCUUUCCCUCUGGUUUUGUUAACUGGGCUCAGGUGUGCUCGACGGUUCCAAAUAGGAAGCAGUCCUCUACUCGUCCUUGAUGUAUUUCAGGUUUAAAACAUAAUGCUUGUAUCCUGGAGAAGAGAAAGAAAGAUUUAUGAGCAUUGUUCAUUUUUCGUUUCUCAAAAGAAUGAUUCAGUCUAAUUUAUUUACAAUCUUAUGGCUAUUUCUCUUUUCACAGUCAAGUUGAAGCCAUCAGAGUUGAAUGUCCCAGAAAAAGGAAAGAAGCAAUUUGAAGGUGCUUUCGGAGAAUCCUGGGAUUCUGUUAUUGCAGCCGGCAAAGUCUACAACGCUAAGGAUGCAGCCGAGAAACUUGGCUUGGAUGCCGCAGGUAUCAAUAGCGAAUGGAGCAAGCUAACCCGCGGCAAGGAUCUGAUCAAAUUUGGAGGUGGCUUCUACUGCGGCAAAGUGAAAGAUAUUUACGUCAUGAACGGAUUUUACAUGUCUAUGCGCGCCGGUAAGUGCCACUGGUCAAUAUCAUGCUUCACUCAAUCAUGAAUUUCGAGUCACUGACUGCCAUGCUUCUUGUUCUUCUGUCCUAUUUCCACGACGACAGCUUACUGCAACCCUGGGGAAAAGAUCCAGUGGUAUACUGUAUCUUGGCCUAGCGAUGCCCUCAGCUGGGAAGAUUUCCGUGGCAGUGUUUUGGGUGCCACUGAUCCUUCGGAAGCACCAAAGGGAUCCAUCCGUCGCACCAUGUAAGUCUGUGGCUGAAUUUUGUGCUUGUUAGGUUGGAUUGAACUGUCGAACACUCAGUACUUUCGUAGCAGUUCAGUACAAUCUUGUGUGAUCCGUUUCUCAAUUUGCCAUGCUUGCUACUUGUUUGGUUUAUGCUAUCUCGAUUUUACGUAAAUAGUCUGGACGAAUACAGAAAGUUGGGCCUCGCUUCGAAGCCAAACACUGGUGAUAAUGGAGUCCACGCUAGCGCAUCUCCAUUUGAGGCCCUAGCCGAGAGAAACAACUGGCUUGGAAAAAGCAUCGAAGAGGACUCCUACGGGAAGGGUCUACUUGCUGCAGGUGUUCCGAUGGAAGUUAUUGAGAAAUGGUCUGGUGAUUGCCAAGUUUCGGUAGAAGGGGAAACCAAGGAAGGAAAGACCAUGAGCGUCUUCGAUACCCUCGAAGAUCUUGAUGCCGAUGCAGUUCUUGCGAAGGUCUCGAAGAUCUCCAAAUAAAGACAAAUCGAGUUAAGAACUGAUAUGUUGAAAAUUUAAUAUUCUUAUUGAAUGCGAAAUAUGAAUUGAUUUACCGUCAUGUCUCACGCAAAAAAAUAUAUAUGAUUAGGCUAG